AUGAACAAACGACAUCGGCGCUGGAUGAAUUUAGACAGCGUUACGGUGCGUGAUACGUAUUCUAUUCGUAUACGCACCAGGCAACCCGAAGCAAUACACCGGUACGAAACGGUGCAGAAACUUGUGGGAAAUUCGCGCGACGCGACCGCUAACGACGAUCGCGUCCCCAAUCGUUUCCGCCAAUCGCAGCAGUGCUAUAGGGGAGGAAAGUGAAAUCAAUACAGGCCGAGCGGCUCUGCAGUCCACCCCGUCAACAGCGACUUUCAUUUUUGGUACAGCGUAGUAAGCGUUCGGACUUGCCGUGCACCCGUGCGGUGGCGAGUCCAUUCGCACGGGUGCACCGCAUCAUCGCGACCUACCGCCAUUUUAAAGUUUUUCUUUUUUCUUUUCGUUCAGCUCUCCACGCUAUACCGAAAAUCGAAACGCCCGUAUAUAGCCGCUGCCGCCAUUCAUAUUCUCCACGAGCUACGCGGAUGACCGCGGCAUAAUGCUGGCAACAACUGCAGGCCGCUCCCAUGUAACAGACACGUCUUUUCAACGCGUGCCAAUCUGCAGGUAAAACAUUUUUAUUCAUGUACAGUAAGGGAUUAAAUAAUGAUAAUUGUCAUUUUUUCGUUUCUGUUCUCGUUUACUAUACAUUUGUGUGUGUAAAACACAUCGUAUUCCGUAGCACGGGCAAAAGGCAGAUCCCACAGUAUAUUAAAUUACGGGUACGUUUUCGUUUCAUCUAUUUGGGGUCAGCCAUUCUCGUCCUAAACUUUCACUUGACCCGAUCCCCCUCAUCGUCCACGCACACAGUCACUGUCCACAUAUCAUCCAAUCACCUCUUUGCAGUCUUCCUCUCCCAUUUUUUCCUCCUACAUUCGUUUUCAUUACAAUUAGUUCACACACAAUCACUUUUUCUGAUUCCUCUUUCCUCAUAAAACGCCCAAACAAUCUCAGUUUAUUUUUUCUCAUUUUGUUCGUAAUUGAAGAUACACCUAAGCAGCUCUUGUGCACUCAUUAUUUAUUAUAUCUUCUCUUGUACUCUACUCAACCAUUGGAACCAUAAAAAAUUAAAAAACCUGACGCUUUUCUUCAAUUUAUCUAAUCACACUUAAUUCUAUGUUUCCCGUCAAAGACACCGUUCUUUAGUAUAAAUGACACCAACAGAUUUAAUUAACAUUUAAUAAUAUUAUUAACUAUGUCACGUAAUUUUGCGCAAAUCAAUAUGCAGGCUACGACCUCGGCAGAGAUGAUAUAAAAUAGCAAUAGUAGUUGUAAUGCUGGGCGUCCAUUAGGGUGUGGCUCGAUGAUAACCGACGAUUACCGAACACGAACGAGUUCGACAAAUGUCGUGCCACCCGUGUUGACGAACUUCGAGUAGUCCCGACCGCCGGCCGCCUUAGUGGAUGCACUUCAUUCGUUCACAUGAUUGUUUCUUUGGGGAUGUUCCGCGCUGCUACCCUAGUGGACGCCCAGUUUAAUAUAGCACUGCUAUUUCUCAAUAUCAUUAGCGGGCUCCCAUUAUUUAUUCGUGAUAUUAAAGUGACAAUAAAUAUUACUGGACUGCUCAACUGCUUAUGUUUUAUUAUUAGUAAACCGUUUCCUUUCAGUCAUGUUAUAUAAUAUAGUUGCUAUUAUAGUUAGCUGAUACUGUGACUAUUACUUAAUUACUAACAUUAUAGCAUAUACAGCUAUUGUUCAAAAAUAAAACUAGCAACGUUUUUUAAUUGAACUGCUAUUUUUUAUUAUUAUUGAACUAUUAAUAGUUUACCAGCUCUAGACCCGGCCGUCAACUUAUUCUUCGCCCCCCCCCUUCCUCUUUGAUUAUUUAUAAUAAUAUAAAUUUUAUCCUAGGUUAAUGAGCAACCCAAGUAUUAUAUAAUCGUGAUAAUUAGCCAGCCUUAAAAACUCACCAUACUAUGUAAUAUUUGUAAAUUUUUAAAUGUCCUAUCUGUUCUAGCUUGGUGAAUUGUUCAACAUGGCAGAUCGAGGUCGUCCAACAUCAUCACCGACAGCAGAUGGCAGAUCUACUGAAGCGGGCGUAUUUGAUUGUAGAGGUGACAGUAAGCAGCUUCGUUUCUAACGUGCUGGAAUGGACGGUGAGAAAGCAAGACCAUAAAGGCAGUACAAAGAUGAUUUCUAGUCGGCCAAUCGCUAAUAGGCGGUUAUGUACAUAUUUAUUAAAUGUAGUUAA